UCCAGCCCUAAUCCCCUUCGUCCCCGUUCCCCUUCCGCGGCGGCGUCUGCGGCGGCGGCGAGGGGAGGCGAGCCACCAACCAAGCAGCCCCUCCGUGAUUCAGGAAUAGAACCUCAACCAGUAAAAUGAGGCCAGUUUUUUGUGGGAACCUUGACUAUGAUGUCCGCAUUUCCGAGAUUGAGCGACUUUUUGGCAAGUAUGGAAGAGUGGAACGAGUGGAUCUAAAGACAGGAAUAUCAUGGAGCAUAUGUGCUCUUCCUGGUUGAUGGACUGGGCUCUACCUUUCCUGCAUCUGCCUGAGCCCCACCUCAUGUCUUGUCCAUCUCCAGGAGUUCACAAUCCACCAUGGCAUCUGUUCACUUGGCAACGACCACCUCGUGACCGAUGUCUUACAUUUACGAUCAACACUGCACCCUCCUCCCCCGCCUGAUCACCAUUUCCUCGCCAAUCCAACCAUGCCAAUCUCAUGGCCGGCUGGAGAGAAGUGGAGGUUGCACCACCAAUUCUUUGAUGUGCCACGAAUGUUUGGAUUGUUGUACUCUGACAUUGUUUAGUUCAACAUAUACAAGGGUUUGCAUUUGUCUACAUGGAAGAAGAACGUGAUGCUGAAGAUGCUAUCAAUAGACUUGAUGGAAUUGAUUUUGGCAGGAAAGGAAGGAGAAUCAGAGUUGAGUGGACAAAGGAGGAUCGCAGUGCUGGUCGAAAAGGCAGCUUGAGGAGAUCUCCAACCAGUGCAAGGCCGACCAAAACCUUGUUUGUCAUCAACUUUGACCCAAUCAACACAAGAAUUCGAGAUCUGGAGAGGCACUUUGAUAAAUAUGGCAGGGUUGCGAAUGUGAGAAUCAAAAAGAACUUUGCAUUUGUCCAGUUCGAGGUACAGGAGGAUGCUACUAGAGCAUUGGAGGGUACUAAUGGAAGCCAUUUCAUGGACAGGGUCAUCUCAGUUGAAUAUGCACUUCGUGAUGAUGAUGAAAGAGGUGAAAGAGGGAACGGAUACAGCCCAGACAGGAGAGGUCGUGAAAGAUCCCCAGGCAGAAAGCGAUCUCCAAGUCCUUACGGCAGAGGACGGGAGAGGGGUAGCCCUGACUAUGGAAGAGGACGGGAGAGGGGGAGCCCGGACUAUGACAGGGGAGGUGACAGGCGUAGCCCUGAUAAUGGCUCAAAUGGUGGUGGCAGAGGUGGCGACAGGGGCAGCCCCAACUAUGACAACGAGCGCCGUGAAGCUAGUCCUCGUCGCGAGCGCCAUGAAGCUAGUCCUCGUCGCGAGCGCCGUGAAGCCAGCCCUCGUCGCGAGCGCCGUGAAGCCAGCCCUCGUCGCGAACGCCGUGAAUCCAGUCAUGGCUAUGACAGGCCCCCCAGCAGCUCGCCUGGAAGGGAUGAGAGAGAUUAAGUUCUCCAUGCCUGUGUUCAAGCCACCCGCUUUGGCUGAAUGUGUGAACUGAUGUUAUGUUGAAGUUGGUAAUGUUAAGCACCAGGAAACUUUUGUACCAUCUGUGUUAGCUUGUAUUGAACGGGCGAUGUUAGCUAAUAUUUCCCGUUUCUCUAUGAAGCAACUCCAGAAUGUAACUCAUGUAUUGACUGGUAGCUUUCAGUGUUCAGUUGAACCAUCUUGUUGGCGGUAUUUCUGUUUUUAUCGUGAUGUUGCUGCUGAACGUCUCUAUUGCUUGAUCUUGUUUAUUUUACCA